GGGCGUUACUCGGGCCAGAAGCGGGCGAAGCCGGCGGUGGGUAGAGCGUGUGGCGACUGAGCACUUGGAUACAAGCUCCUUAAUUUCCACCAUGGAAGAAACUUACAUUGACUCCCUGGACCCUGAGAAGCUAUUACAAUGCCCCUAUGAUAAAAACCACCAGAUCAGGGCCUGCAGAUUCCCUUACCACCUUAUCAAGUGCAGAAAGAAUCAUCCUGAUGUUGCAAAUAAAUUGGCUACUUGUCCCUUCAAUGCUCGCCACCAGGUCCCUCGGGCUGAAAUCAGUCAUCAUAUCUCAAGCUGUGAUGAUAAGAGUUGUAUUGAGCAGGAUGUUGUCAACCAAACCAGGAACCUUGGACAGGAGACUCUGACCGAGAGCACAUGGCAAUGCCCCCCUUGUGAUGAAGACUGGGAUAAAGAUUUGUGGGAACAGACCAGCACCCCAUUUGUCUGGGGAACAGCCAACUUCUGUGGCAACAACAGCCCUGCAAGCAACAUAGUUAUGGAACACAAGAGUAACCUGGCUUCAGGCAUGCGAGUUCCCAAGUCUCUGCCUUAUGUUCUGCCAUGGAAAAAUAAUGGAAAUGCACAGUAACUGAAUAUCCGUCUCACCAAAUGCCAGACACUAGAAGACUCAUUGUUCCUGCUACCCAUGAGCUCUUCAUUUUUUUCUUCCUAAUCUGAUUAUACAAUGAUAAACGGUGACUUUCAAA